ACUCAUUCAUUGUGGAACCAAAUCCCCUGGUUGCUGUAUGCUCAGGACUUCAAUUGACGGUGCACACCGUACCCUCCUGCUGGAGGAAUCUGCAGACACGCCAGCAUUGUAACCAGAGGGAGCUCUGUGAUCCACAGAACGGAAAACUGUCCAUUGUAGAUAUGCCUGGAUGCAUGGCAAAAUAUUGCCCAAACAAGACAGCCAACGAUGAUAAAGGCAAUAAAAUUAGUUAUUUUGCCUUUCCAAAGGAUGAUAACCGCAAAAAACUAUGGUUAAAAAAUGCAGGGAUGGAUCCAGGAAUGGUAGAGGAGUAUAUACCAAUUAUCAAAAAGGACACACGUUCAGACAAUUAUCGAAUGUGUUCUGCCCAUUUUGAUCCUCAAUCAUUUACAAUGCGUAGAAGCCAAAGAAGACUGAUACCAGAAGCUGUACCUACUAUCUUUAUUGAUGUAGCUAAACCGACAAUUACAGGAAAUAAGUGGCUGAACAAACUUAAAAAAAUAUGGACGUCGGAACAAAUUCGGGCCAGUACCUGUACAACUGGCAAUGGAUCCAAAUUAUGUUCAUGUGAUUGUCAUGUUUCUGGUCAAUUGCAAAAUGUUUUAAAGAUGGAAGUGAGCACACAAACUGUACAAAAUUUUAUUGAGUCUGAGCCAAGUUAUUCCAACACUGCCAACCCACGAGCCAUGGGUUUAGAUCACCCGUAUUCUAGUAGAGAGGAGUGUCCAAUGUCGCCAACUGUAAAGUCUACACCCGUUAGUCAUCCGUUAUCAGAAGUACAACCUUUGAUUGAGAUUGAUCCCUCCACGUCCACCUUGUCUCCUCCUUCAAAAAGACUGAGGAGAACAAAGUCAAUUUUCACCUCAUAUCUGGAAAGUCCUGAAGUUAUUACCAAAAGGAAAUUGACCUAUGUGGAUGACCCCAGCUUUCAUGAGUCGGACUGUGAAACUCCACAGAAAAGUGAACUCAGUUUUUGUGAGAGUAUCAAUGAAAUUGAACUUGAAGUAGAGGAUACACUGCCACAUCCCUUAUGUUUGGUAAAAGAAAACAAAUUUAUAGUAUUUGAAAGCUGUUUAGACAAACUGCUUUAUUCCAUGAUGUGCCCUGAAAUAGGCUGUUCAUCACAAAUCCAACGAUUAGAAAAACAAAUAAUAGGUACCAUGGUUACAGUAUACUCCACAUGUACCGGCCACCAUCGUUUAAAACUUUGGGAUAGUCAGCCAAAAAUAAAACAUUACGGUGCGGGGAAUAUAUUGCUCGCAGGUGCCAUCACUGUGACUGGAGGUAGCUAUGCCAAAGUGAGUGAAAUGUUUGAUCUCUGCGGCAUAGCAAUGUUUGGAAAAACAUCUUUCAAUAGAUCACAAAAUGUUUUUGUUUUCAAAGCGAUUGAUAUUAGCUGGGAAAAAAAUAAAGAAAAUGUGACUAUUGAAAUAGACAAUAAACCACUCUUCCUGAUAGGCGAUGGGCAAUGUGAUAGCCAUGGCUUCUCCGCCAAGUACUCUACGUACACGUUUAUGGAUUGCUAUUCAAAGAAAAUUGUGGACUUUGAAUUGGUGCAGGCGACACAAACAACUUCUUCAGCUGCGAUGGAGAAGUCGGGUUUUACUAAAUGUUUAGAUCGCAUAAUUGACAAUGAUUUGAAUGUUCAAAUGGUGGGAACGGAUAGACACACUGGUAUUCGAAAAUUACUCUCAACCACUGAAAAAUAUAAACACAUUAUUCACCAAUUUGACUUAUUGCAUUACGUCAAAAAAUUUCGUAGAAAAUUGACUCAAAUAGCAAAAAAAAAAAUUAACGAAGCACUACUGCCAUGGAUUCGACCCAUUAUGAAUCAUUUGUAUUAUUGUAGUAGUCAUUGCAAUGGAAAAGAACACGUUUUCAAAGAGAUUUGGCACUCGCUACUACAUCAUAUAGUGAAUGAACAUGAAUGGGAAAUUGAAAACGAAAAGCACAAAUGCUUACAUGAUCCAAUCAGUGUGGAUGCACAUCAUGUUCCCUGGAUAAAACGAAAAUCACCUGCAUAUAUUGCAUUGUCUGCAAUUGUUCUUGAUGGGCAAUUGGGGAAGGACACAAAGCAUCUUACUUAUUUUUGUCAGCCCGGGAUUCUCGAAACAUACCACAGUAUGAUUCUCAAAUUUCGGCCUAAAAUAAUACACUACAGAUUUGACUCAAUGGAAGCAAGAACAAAAUUGGCAGCUUUAUGCCACAAUCACAAUGUGAUGCGUAACCCUGCUCUGACAAAAAAAAAAGAAAUUGUUGAAAGGAAAAAUUUGGAAUUCCCAAGAGGUCGCAAACAAUGGAUUGUGCGUAAUGUAUAUGAAAAAAUGGACAACCAAUAUGCGUUCAAGUUGCUGGAAGACAUGAUUAGCAUUGUUGAGGGGACCAUAACCAGUGCUUGGGUACCCAAAUAUAAAGACAUGCCAAAAAACAUUGCCCCAAUUCAGAGGCCCGAAACAAGUGUUGCUGUCAAAGAACACAUGACACGAUUUCUUAAAAAAUAAAAUAGUUUUUUAAUAAAUAUUACAUGCAAAUAA